AUGUUGAUUGGGGACAGCCUGUUCUUGGAUCUUCCUCGGGUUCGCUUAGACGGGGGAGGAAAAGCUUUCAGGAGGCGAUGGGGCUACGAUUUGGUUCCUCCUCCUACUCUCCUCGAAGAGGAAGAAGAGGAUGAAGAUUUGGAUGAAGACAUCUACCCAGACCCUUCCCCUGAGAAUAGUGAGAUCACGUCCGUUCGGGGCAUUCACCACUACGCAUCUCCACUAGAGGGCCGUGGGUAUGAUAAAUUUGAUGUGACGAUCACAGGGAUCUCCGGCUCCCUUGCAUCAGACGACUCCCCAGGUCAUUUUUAA